AUGGCGUCGCAAUCCCCCCUCUACAUCGGGUUCGACCUGUCAACCCAGCAGCUCAAAGGCUUAGUUGUCAAUUCCGAGCUCAAAGUCGAAUACAUUGCCAAAUUCGACUUCGAUGCGGACUCGACCGGCUUCGCGAUCAAAAAGGGUGUCAUGACCAAUGAAGCCGAGCACGAAGUAUUCGCCCCGGUCGCGCUGUGGUUGCAGGCACUGGAUACCGUGCUGGAGAGUCUGCGCAAGCAAGGACUGGACUUUAGCCGCGUGAAGGGUAUUAGUGGGGCUGGACAGCAGCACGGCAGUGUCUAUUGGAGUGCGGAUGCGGAGGAGCUGCUGCAGAAGCUCGAUGCGAAAAAGUCGCUGGAAGAGCAAUUGCCGAGUGCUUUCUCUCACCCGUAUAGUCCCAAUUGGCAGGACUCGAGCACGCAGAAGGAAUGUGAUGAGUUUGAUGGGGUGCUGGGAAGUCCGGAGCAGCUUGCCCAGGCGACGGGAAGCAAAGCCCACCACAGAUUCACAGGUCCUCAGAUCCUUCGGUUCACGAGAAAAUACCCAGAGGUGUAUCAGAAGACAGCAAGGAUCUCUUUGGUGUCAUCCUUUAUUGCCUCGCUUUUCCUUGGCCAUGUUGCACCCUUUGAUAUCUCGGAUGUAUGCGGGAUGAACCUGUGGAACAUCAAGCAGGGUGCUUAUGACGAAGAAAUUCUCAAGCUGUGCUCCGGCAAGUUCAGUGUCGAGGACCUGAAGAAGAAGCUGGGCGUUGUAUACGAAGAUGGAGGACUGCAUCUGGGACAGGUCCACCAAUACUACAGAGAGCGCUACGGCUUUGCUGCAGACUGCACAGUCAUCCCGGCCACGGGCGACAACCCAGCAACCAUUCUCGCACUCCCAUUGCGCCCAUCCGAUGCCAUGGUAUCCCUGGGUACAUCUACGACCUUCCUCAUGUCCACCCCCAACUACAUGCCCGAUCCAGCCACCCACUUCUUCAACCACCCUACCACCGCGGGACUAUACAUGUUCAUGCUCUGCUAUAAGAACGGCGGUCUCGCCCGCGAACACGUCCGCGACGCCAUCAACGACAACCUAAAAGACACCCCCUCCCAACCAUGGGCCAACUUCGACGAGACAGCCCUCUCCACACCCCCAAUGGGCCAACAAGCCCCCAACGACCCCAUGAAACUUGGCCUCUUCUUCCCCAGACCCGAAAUCGUACCAAACCUCCACGCCGGCCAGUGGCGUUUCACAUACAACCCAACCACAGGCGAUCUUACCGAAACAACCACCGGCUGGACAACCCCGCAAGACGAAGCCCGCGCCAUCAUCGAAAGCCAAAUGCUCUCCCUCCGCCUUCGCUCCCGCGGUCUCACCCAAAGUCCCGGCAACAACCUCCCCGCGCAACCACGCCGCGUCUACCUCGUCGGCGGCGGCUCCAAGAACAAAGCCAUUGCCAAGAUUGCGGGUGAAAUCCUCGGCGGUGCCGAGGGCGUGUUUAAGCUUGAUAUUGGCGAUAAUGCGUGCGCGCUUGGGGCGGCGUAUAAGGCUGUUUGGGGCAUUGAGAGGACCGAGGGCCAGACGUUCGAGAAUUUGAUUGGGCUGCGGUGGAGGGAGGAGGAGUUUGUGGAGAAGAUUGCAGAGGGAUAUCAGGAGGGGGUGUUUGAGUUGUAUGGAAAGGCGGUUGAGGGAUUCGAGGCUAUGGAGAAGAAGGUUUUGGAGGGGGUUGCGCGUGGAAAUGGGAAGGGGAAUUAG